AUGGGCUCGAGCGUAGGGCCGUCUGGCUCGGAAAAGCCUUCAUCGACAUCCGUGGACGACAAGACCUCGACGCCCUUUCAAGCCAUCAGUGCGCAGCAGAGAGUGAUGGCAACCAUCCAGGACGACGAUGAGCGUCUGCUUGCCCGUAUCGGCUACCGUCAGGAGCUCAGGCGGGAGUUUACCAAAUGGUCGACCGUCUCGUAUGCGAUCUCCAUUCUCGGUGUGCUUGGCUCCGUACCCGCUACCUUCGGCGCUCCCAUUGGGUCUGGAGGGCCAGCAACAGCCGUCUGGUGCUGGGCUAUUGGUUCGAUUAUGGCGUUUUGUAUAGCAAGCUCGGUGGCCGAGCUGGUCUCUGCCUAUCCCACCGCGGGUGGAAUGUAUUUCGUCACCAAGCACGUUGUGCCUAAAGAACAUGUUGCUCUGUGGGCCUGGGUUGUGGGCUGGUGCAACUUCCUAGGUCAGGCCGCCGGAGUGGCAAGCCUUGCAUACUCUAUCUCGCAGAUGGUCCUCGCAGCAGCUGUGAUGAAUUCGCACUACGAAGACGGCGCAUACUCAACUCCUUUGCAAACCGUUCUGCUAGCUAUCUUAGUCCUCUGUCUCUUUGGCACCAUUUGUUCCCUGACGACUAAGUUGCUCCAUAAGAUCAUCCUCUGGUUCGCUCCGAUUAACAUCCUCGCUUCUGUCAGCAUCUGCGUUGCGCUGCUAGUUCUAACACCCAACAAGCAAAGUGCCACUUGGGUCUUCACGCACGUCACUGAUGGCUCAGGAUGGGGAAGUAAAGGUUUCUCCUUUCUUCUGGGUUUUCUCUCGGUAGCCUGGGUAAUGACAGAUUACGACGCUACAACGCACAUGUCGGAAGAGACGCACGAUGCAGCCAUCAGAGGUCCUGUCGCCAUCAGGAUGGCCGUCCUCGUUUCCGGCCUUGUGGGCUGGAUGCUGACUAUAACCUUUUGCUUUUGCUUGACCGACAUGGAUGCCAUCAUCAAAUCGCCAACUGGUCUUCCGGUCGCGCAAAUCUUUCUCAACGCGGGCGGAAGAACCGGCGGAAUGGUCAUGUGGUUCUUUGUUAUCCUCGUACAGUUCUUCACGGGGUGCUCUGCGAUGCUUGGGAAUGCUAGGAUGGCUUACGCUUUUGCUCGCGACGAGGCGUUUCCAUUCUCAGGCUUCUGGAGCAAGAUCAACCGCAUCACAGGAACCCCCGUCAAUGCUGUCUGGCUUGUAGUCGUUUUCUGCAGCUGCCUGGACUUAAUUGGCAUUGGAAGCACCUCAACAAUUGUCUCCAUCUUCAACGUCACCGCGCCUGCGCUUGAUCUCAGCUAUGUUGCCGUGAUAUUCGCCCACCGCGUGUACGAGCACCGAGUUCAGUUCAUCGAGGGACCGUACACCUUGGGAAAAUGGAGCAAGCCGGUAAAUGCCGUUGCUAUCACCUGGGUCGUCUUCAUCAGCGUCGUAUUGUUCUUCCCGCCCGUCCGGCCCGUUACUGGGUCGAACAUGAACUACGCCAUCUGCGUUGCUGGCUUGAUCGCGCUGUUCAGUAUGAGCUGGUGGUGGGCUGCUGCGAGGAAGAAGUACACUGGACCACGCACCAAGGACAUCAUGGACAUGCUGCCAAGCGAGGAACCAGACGAUCUGAACAGUUACGCGUGA